AUGGCACUAUUGAUUACACUGAUUACCUGUUUUGUGAUUCCUCUUGCUACUUCCCAGACUUGCCAGACCCCUGACGACUUCGUGGCUGCCACUUCUCCAGGGCAUGUCAUAAUUGGAGGUUUAUUCGCCAUUCAUGAAAAAAUGCUGUCCUCAGAAGACUAUCCCAGACGACCAGAAAUCCAGAAGUGUGUUGGGUUUGAAAUAUCAAUUUUUCUUCAAACUCUUGCCAUGAUUCACAGCAUUGAGAUGAUCAAUAAUUCAACACUAUUAUCUGGAAUCAAACUGGGGUAUGAAAUCUAUGACACUUGUACAGAAGUCACAGUGGCAAUGGCAGCUGCUCUGAGGUUUCUUUCUAAGUUCAACAGCUCCAGAGAAAUCAUGGAGUUUAAAUGUGACUAUUCCAGCUACAUGCCAAGGGUUAAGGCUGUCAUAGGUGCUGGCUACUCAGAAAUAACCAUGGCUGUCUCCAGGAUGUUGAAUUUACAGCUUAUGCCACAGGUGAGUUAUGAAUCAACUGCAGAAAUCCUAAGUGACAAAAUUCGCUUUCCUUCAUUUUUACGGACCGUGCCCAGUGACUUCUAUCAAACUAAAGCAAUGGCCCACCUGAUUGAGAAGUCUGGAUGGAACUGGAUUGGCAUCAUAGCCACAGAUGAUGACUAUGGACGAAUGGCCCUCAACACUUUUGCAGUUCAGACCACAGCAAAUAAUGUGUGCAUAGCUUUCAAAGAAGUUCUCCCAGCCUUCCUCUCAGAUAAUACCAUCGAAGUCAGGAUCAAUGAGACACUUGAGAAAAUCAUAGCAGAAGCCCAGGUUAAUGUCAUUGUGGUAUUCCUGAGGCAAUUCCAUGUUUUCAAUCUCUUCAGUAAAGCUCUAGAAAGGAAUAUAAAUAAGAUAUGGAUUGCCAGUGAUAACUGGUCAACGGCCACCAAGAUUACAACCAUUCCUAAUGUUAAAAGGAUUGGCAAAGUUGUAGGGUUUACCUUUAGAAGAGGGAAUAUGUCUUCCUUCCAUUCCUUUCUUCAAAAGCUGCAUAUAUUUCCCAGUGAUAAUAACAAGGUCUUAAAUGAAUAUGCCACACUCUUGUCUGCUUGUGCAUAUGUCAAGGACAGUGAUUUGAGUCAGUGCAUUUCCAACCAUUCUCAGGGGACUUUGGCCUACAAGGUUAACAAGGAUAUAGAAAGGAACUUCUCCCUGAGAAAUGAUUUCCUGUGGGAUUACACUGAGCCAGGCCUUGUUCACAGUAUCCAGCUUGCAGUACUUGCUCUUGGUUAUGCCAUUCGGGAUCUCUGCCAAGCUCGCGACUGUCAGAACCCCAACGCCUUUCAACCAUGGGAGUUACUUGAUGCACUAAAAAAUGUGACAUUCACUGAUGAAGGGAAUUCAUUUCAUUUUGAUGCUCAUGGGGAUAUGAAUACUGGAUAUGAUGUUGUGCUCUGGAAGGAGAUUGAUGGUCACCUGACUAUCACCAAGAUAGCACAAUAUGAUCUGAAGAAUGAUGUCUUCGUCAUCACAGACCAAGAAACAAAAAAUGAGUUCAGAAAUCUUAAGCAAAUUCAGUCUAAAUGCUCCAAGGAGUGCAGUCCUGGGCAAAUGAAGAAAACUACAAGAAGUCAACAUAUCUGCUGCUAUGAAUGUGUGAACUGUCCUGAAAAUCACUACAGUAACCAGACAGAUAUGGAUCACUGCCUUUUAUGUAACAACGAAACUCAGUGGGCCCCUGUAAGGAGCACAGCAUGCUUUGAAAAGGAAGUGGAGUAUCUCAGUUGGAAUGACUCCUUGGCCAUACUGCUCCUGGCCCUCUCCCUACUAGGAAUCAUGUUUGUUCUGGCCAUUGGCAUAAUAUUUACAAGAAACCUGAACACGCCUGUUGUGAAAUCGUCCGGGGGAUUGCUGGUCUGCUAUGUGAUCCUUCUCUGUCAUUUCCUCAACUUUGCCAGCACAGGCUUUUUCAUUGGAGAACCACAAGACUUCACAUGUAAAACCAGGCAGACGUUUUUUGGUGUGAGCUUCACUCUCUGCAUCUCCUGCAUUUUGGUGAAGUCCCUGAAAAUUCUGCUAGCCUUCAGCUUCGACCCCAAGUUGCAGAACUUCCUGAAGUGCCUCUAUAAACCCAUCCCCAUCAUCUUCACUUGCACAGGUAUCCAGGUUGCCAUUUGCACAAUCUGGCUAAUCUUUGCAGCACCUGCUGUGGAAGAGAAUGUCUCCUUGCCCAGAGUCAUUAUCCUGGAAUGUGAGGAGGGAUCCAUCCUUGCAUUUGGCAUCAUGCUGGGCUAUAUUGCCAUCCUGGCCUUCAUUUGCUUCAUAUUUGCCUUCAAAGGCAGGAAACUACCCGAGAAUUACAAUGAAGCCAAAUUCAUAACAUUUGGCAUGCUCAUUUAUUUCAUAGCUUGGAUCACAUUCGUCCCCGUCUAUGCUACCACAUUUGGUAAAUAUUUACCAGCUGUGGAGAUUAUCGUUAUUUUAAUAUCGAACUAUGGGAUCCUGUGUUGCACAUUCUUCCCCAAAUGCUAUGUUAUUCUUUAUAAGCAAGAGACUAACACAAAAUCUGCCUUUCUCAAGAUGAUUUACAGUUACUCUUCCCACAGCGCAAGCAGCCUUGCCAUGAGUCACAUUUCCCUGGACUCCUCUAGCAGCAACAUCACAGCGACCAAUCCCAGCUCCGGUGGCAGGCCUGCAGCCUGGCAGGAAAGCAGGGAUAUCCGGGCACAGGCAUUUGCACACACACACAGAGAAAACGCUGCAAGUUUGUCUAAAACUUGGCCUCGGAAAAGAAUUUCAAGUAUUUGA